AAUAUUUAAAUAUUUUGCAAAAUGCCAAAAUGAUUCAGAAAAGUGGAAAAAAGUAAAAACACCGAAAUCGUUCAUUUCAGAAAUACAGAAUGAAAAAUAGUAUUUACUACUGAGCUGAUGGUCGUCAAAGUUAAUUGGAAAUUCUUAAUUGUUACAAAAUAACGCGUUUUGACUUUAUUACAAGCCCAUGGUGGAUGGUUUUAAAGUGGUAAUUGAAAUAUUUGAAGCUAAGCUCAAAAUUUCUUUGAUUUAUCUUGUUUCAUGACAUUUUGUCGCUGCCUCUUAAGUUAACGAACGGCUCAAAUGGAUGAUACGGCGACUUCUCCAGGCAACAAAAUGGUUGAUUCCGCAUCGGAAAGUGACUCAAGUUCCCUCGAUGGCGGAGCAAUGCUGCCUCCGAGCACAGUUUCUCGUGAUCAGUUGCAGAAAAGAAUUGAAUCACUGCAGCAACAAAACAGAGUGUUAAAAGUGGAAUUGGAUACUUACAAAUUAAGAGUGAAAGCAUUACAAGAGGAGAAUCGUGCAUUGCGACAAGCUUCUGUGUCAAUUCAAGCUAAAGCAGAGCAGGAGGAAGAAUAUAUAUCCAAUACACUCUUGAAGAAAAUUCAAGCUCUGAAGAAAGAGAAAGAGACGCUAGCUCAUCAUUAUGAAAGAGAAGAAGAGUGCCUGACAAAUGAUCUCUCCAGGAAACUGAAUCAAUUACGUCAAGAAAAAUGUCGCUUGGAGCAGACAUUGGAACAGGAACAGGAGUGUUUGGUGAACAAAUUGAUGCGCAAGAUUGAAAAACUUGAAGCAGAGACUCUUGCAAAGCAGACUAACUUAGAAAGGCUUCGUAGAGAAAAGGUAGAAUUAGAAAACACAUUGGAACAAGAGCAGGAAGCGCUGGUGAAUAGAUUGUGGAAGCGUAUGGAUAAAUUAGAAGCUGAAAAGCGUUCACUACAAAUAAGACUCGACCAACCUGUGUCUGAUCCAGCUAGCCCUAGGGACAUCAGUAAUGGUGAUACAGCAUCUAAUUUAAGUAAUCACAUUCAAACUCUUCGCUCGGAGGUUGUGAAGUUAAGGAAUCAAUUGGCAGUUUCUCAAAAUGAAAAUAAAGAAAAAAUGCAAAGAUUCGCUUUAGAGGAAAAACACAUCCGAGAGGAGAAUUUGCGUUUGCACCGGAAAUUGCAACAAGAAGUUGAACGUCGCGAAGCGUUAUGUCGUCAUCUCUCCGAAAGUGAAUCAUCCUUGGAAAUGGAAGAAGAGAGGCAAUUCAAUGAGGCUUUGAGUGCUCGGUCGCGCAGCGUGUCGUCGCCGGGCGGGUCGCGGCCGCUGUCGCCGUAUGCGUCGCCGCUGCUGCCCGCGCCCGGCCUGCCGCUCUCUAGACCAGCGCUGCAUUUCAACUCGCAGGCGAGGAGAACGAGUGACAGGUUCGUGAAGCCCGCAGUGCCGGGAGUGGGAGGGCUGCCCCCGCGCGCUCCGCUCGACCCGCCCGCUCUCCCCGCCCCGCUGCCACCCCUCGCGCCCCCCGCGCCGCCCUCGCCUUCGCUUCAGCCCGCCAGCCCCAUGGACACUUCAUCCAGAGACUAACUUACUCGUACAUGUAUCAUAAGGCUUACCAGGCGUCAAUGACAUCGACCAAUAGCGGCGUAAUCGCGCUAUAUUUUUCGUUGCAUGGGACUAAAUUGACAGCGAUAUUUACGAUUUUGCUACUAUAGGUCGACAAUUUACGUCUUUCUUUGUAGACCUAGAAUGCGUCAAAGACAAUAUGUGGUGAAACGAAUAAAACAUUUUGUCGACCAAUAGCGGCCGGAUCGAAAAUAUCGCUAUCUCUUACGUCUCGUCGCAACGAAAGAUAGUGCGUUAUUUCUAUUACGCGACGAAAGACAAAAGACCCUGUCUCGUUUUUGUCUUAUUAUAUUUUAGGUUUUGUUGCUAUUGGUCGACAAUAACUUUUCUUUUAUCUCAAGUUUCAUCGUUGACUAAUGCUAGGCGUAUGACUUAGCGAAUCGGCAUGCUUGUUCUCACGGGAUGAUACAGCCCAUUUUCAUUGGUUAUAAACUUUUUGCUAUGAUUACACUGAAUCCGCCGUCAACCGAAUAAUGUAAACUAAGCUUAAUUAAAAUGAAUUUUGACUUUAUUGGUCCGGUAAGUUCAGAUGAUUGUAAAAGCGCAUACAUUACAAGUAGAACUACAGUAGACGCUCGAUGGGGUUAACAGCUGUCAUUAUGACAUAAGUAUAAUUGGAUAUCUGCAUAAUGUUUGAAAAAAAAAAAACGAUUUUAAGAUGAAAAAGUCCACUGCAGGACAUAGGCCUUUUGUAGAGACUUUACAUCACAAUACUGAGCCGCCUGCAUCCAGCGAAUACCUGCGACUCGCUUGAUGUCGUCAGUCCACCUGAUGUGCGGUGUCGCCAUUCCAGCACCUUGGGACCCCCCAGCCAAAAUAUGUGUUAUUUAGACACGUUAAGCUAUGUCGGCAUAUUACUUAUCUCGACUUAUCAUGACUAAGUCAUAGCUGUUUCAAAUACUUGGAAUCCUUCUGAUCUCGAUACUGAAUGUGGGAAAUCGCAGCAAAGUCAUCAUCAAUCAAGGUUUUUUUUUUAAUUCUCUACAAGUUCGCCCUUGACUACAAUCUAUCCUGAUGAAAAGUGAUCUUCAAUGAUGCAAUUAAAGAUGGAAGCGGGCUAACUUGUUAGGAUGAAAAUCCCUUUUAAAGUUUUCAUUUACAUUUAUUUAUCGGUCGAUGACGGAUUUGGUGUAACUGUAUACGAUACAUGCGGUUAUAUGUAUAUAUACGGAAAGUUACCGCUGUCAAAGUAUUUACCAAUUGGACAGUCGUUUUAGAGAUCUUCUAUGCUGAUUUAAUCGACUUCUAUAAAUGUCAACACUCAUAUUUUAUUUUAUCCUACGUCGUAUUCAAAAUUUUUAAAAAUAAAGCCUGCUGUAUUUACGCCAAGUUUUGGUUGUACUGGUGUAUCACUAGUAUAUGUAUGUCAGACAAAUCAAAGUAGGGAGUUUGUAGAGAAAGAAAUUACAGGCCCGUGAGGCAUUAAAGUUCUCGGGUUGACACAUUGCAUUCUAUAAAAAAUAGGACAUGUCAUGAACGAGUGAAUAGUAUGCACUAAACUUCUAGUCCGCUCUGACGUUGGAACACGCCGAACUACGAUAGCAUAGACUUACUGCAUUGCAAAGCCUUGUGCUCAGAGUGGACUGCAUAUUUUGUGCAUACUAUACUCGUAGUCCUCAAGGUAAUGUUUUGUUGUCAUGGUUUGCCACUUUAUAUGAGGUGGGCCGUCUACAUUUUCAGUCAAUUAUUGUAAACAAUAGAAAAAUGGGAACAUUUUUCUUUAAUCAUAUAGAAGGUAAUAGCUCAUUCAAGCCAUCUGGCACCGGAUCAAACGUGCGAGAUUACCCUGUGAAGUUACGAGUUUUCUUGUCAAGGUUUUAACUACUUAUACUACAUCCAAACUAGCUGUGCAAUGUUUAUCAAAAAACAAAUUAAAAACGAGGGUAAAAAUCACUAGUCAUGUCACUCAAUAAAUAUUUUAAUAAUUUUUUUUCUCAUUAAGAUAAAGUUUUUGCUCUAAAAACGUUUAUUCGUUUUUAGUGAGUCACGAAUUCCGUCAAUAACAGAUCUAUGUGUAAACUUAAACUAGCCCAUCGCAGUUAUUUUAGAGAGCAGAUAUUUCAAAGAAAAUCGAUAUAACUAUUAUGUCUAUUUAUAAAUAGAAUAUUAACUGCACGAGGUGAGGCGUUGCUAGUCGGGUAUGGUUGGCUCUAAUGAGCUAUAACCUUAUCAUGAUAUACUUACCUGUAUGUUAAGCAUAGCAUAGCAUGACAGUGCAUAGAAACUAUGCCAACCACUUGCUCGAUACAGGGACCACCUAGCCCGUUACUGGAAUGUUGAAAUGUUAUAAAUGACUGUAUAGUCGGACGCAAUCUUUAUGACGUCUCCGAAAUAAGCCGCAGGUGUCUUACAUAAAGUACGCUCUAAAAUGAUUAUCAACGAGCGCGGGGUGAUGCCCUGCCGCCGCGCCCCUGCGUAACCGGCGAUACCUAAAAAAUUUUAUUGGGCAGCUUACCGCAUGAUAUUCGGAAAUGUCAAAAAUAUUGUAUUCUUCCUAAAUAUUAUUGACUUCUGGGAAGUCCAUUCGACUUUGGAUGUAGUGGUAAGGUGUACUGAGGGCCUAGUGGCAAUUUAAUACUGUGACGAUCGCGUUAACGUAAACGCGAAUUUCCAAGGAAUUGAAACAGCGCCAUCUAGUGGCACUACUGCACAACUGUUUCAAUUCCAUAUAAAUUGUCGUUAAAAAUAGUAACGGUAUGAAAAUAUUGAAAACUCCCACUAGGCACACUGACCAGCAUUUGACGGGAUAAUUCUAAAACUGAACGAGUAUGUGUGUGAUAUCUAUCGGUUAUACACAGUAACGCGCCAAAAAGUAAAGUCAAUCAUUACUACACCCAAACUAAAAAAAAAAACACAUGUACGAUAUCUUGGCUUAAACGCAAAAAUGCUCUUUGUAUUCUAAGAACGAUACAAUUUUCAAGUCAAACUUCUUUACGCACGCUUGCCUUGGGGACUGAAACUGGUGGAGUGCGUUACGAAAAGGUGUAAUCGGCCGAGGCUUUUAAGAUAAGUGCUGCCAUCUACGGGUAUAGUUAAACAGUGGUUGCUAUUUUAAAAUAGUAGAUGGCGUUCUUAGAGAACUUUGAAAAAAUCCAUUUUUUUACACUUCAAGACACACAAGAAUCUGUUGCGUUGCAGUUAUGCCUUGGAAGUUUAGCCGGAUUUUUAAUUUUACGGUUGAUUUGUGCGUUCCGUACAAUGCGGAACUGUGCACACAUUUGUAUGACUUUCUAUAAGAAGAAUACUACGAUACGUUUGGGUACGAUGCGGAUAUGUGGACGCCUACCAUAAAGUACACUCGUUUUCUUUUAAUCAUUAGUUUUAUUUAUAUUUUAAAAGGGUUUUAUUUUUGCUUCAGUUAGCGCACAACUUUUUAAUUUAUUAUGUUUAUAAUAUUUUAAUUGUAUGUAUUAAUAAAAAAAACUACUACUGCUACUAUUACACUGAAACAUUUAUAAAAAUAUUAUAGUAGCUUGAAAAAAAUAUAUCAAUGUAUUAUUACCAUUACAUCCAUUCAAACAAUACAUGAAUAUAAUAUACAAGUAUGUAUAGUGAUUAAUUAAUGAAGGAAGAGAUUCAAAGAUAGCUACGUAUAAUGCAAGAGUGAUAUAAAUAUUUAUUUUUUGUUUUAUAAAUAAAUCAGUCAGUCUCAAGAAAACUUUGAGUACUAUUUAUUUUAAUUAUUUUAAAAAUUUCUGUAUAGUGUGUUGGGAUAUUAAAAUCGUUAUAUACCUUUUGACUUUCGACGAUUUGUCUUACUUUUCUGGCUUACGUUAAUUUUUAUAGCUAAGUAUUUGUAUAGCUGGAGCGUAUUCAAUUACGUAUAAUAUGAAGAUUAGAGUAUAGCUCGGCAACUUCGUUCGUAACACUCCCGAUGUUCCGCGCGGGUCGGGCGUGUAGCGAUGAAUGAAAAACCCACGACUGAUGCACGUCACUUCUUCGCACACACAAUUUCACACCCGCGUCGCCCGCAUAUCAUGGGAGUGUUAUCAACGAACUUGCCAGACUAUAAGAACGGCGUUUAAAUCUGCGUUUUUACUGAGUAUAUAUUAUUCAGAUUAUGUAUUGCUAUAAACCUCAGACUAAUUAUAGAAGGACCUGUAUCGCACCCGUAGUCACGAACAAAAUUGUCUGUCUUUUUCUGUGAAAACGAGCUUAGAUUUGGUAUAUAUCUUAUACUAAACUAGAAGAUUUUUACGAAGCUCUUUAACUGACGUACACGAUUACAACUAUUUAACAUCGAUUCUACAGAUACAGUUUUUAUAAUCGCAUUAGAUCGUUGAUCAUAUACUUUGACAGAAAAAUAACGUCUAGCGAGGCAGGUCCUGUACAAUAAUUGGUCUGAGCUAUAAACCCAUUAAUGGAGAUGCAGCAUACAUACAUUGAGUAUACAGCAUUGAGCUUUGGGCGAGCGGGAAGCUCUGUCAGAGUGUGCCUUGGGUUCGAAGAUCGUAUGGUAUUUGUCCUGGUGACGAAGAACUGAGAUGAUGUCUUACGCUACCUGCACAAAUGAUAAUGGUCAAUUAAGUAGGGUAAAGGUCCCUUUGUUCUUACAUCCUAAUGGGCCUGGGUCCUUGGUCGUGCUCAAAAACCGACAAAAUAGGGAGCGAUAGGUUUCCUUUCUAAUUCUCAUGCCACUUCUCGACUGUGGCAUAUGGACACUGUAAUAUUGUCGGGAAUAUGCUGGAAUUUGACUCAUUCUGUGGUACGAUAUAAGGCAACCUUACCCCACUUUAUUGUCAAUAUUAUUCGGUGUGUGUGUCUAAUCCAUACAAUUCAAAUUAUUCUGCUGUGUAAUAGAUGCGCACAAAAAGAAUCAUGUACGGCUAUAUAUAAAUGGUUGAAAUUGAAAUAUACGAUUACGAUACGAAUACGAUUUUUUCUAUGAAUCUUUCAUAGAAAAAAUCGUAUAACCAUUAGACCUCGAAUGACUUUUUAUGGUUUUAUUUAUGCCAUGUACAGACGCGGUGAAAAUGGGCCUUACUAUUUUUUUCAUUCGUUUAAUGUGUUUGUGGAGUUUUUUUUAAUAAGUUCAGUUAAUGAAUAAAAAUCGUUUUUGUUUUUUUUUUUAAAUAAUUAUAGUAUAAUAUUUUUGUUUAUUUUUAUUACGUUUUAAAAUAGAAUGUACGAGUAUUGCAAGUAAUUGGUACUUUCGGAUUUAUGACACCAAAAGUUGUUACAAAGUUUCAAAAUUCAUUACAACAUUAUAAGACCGAAACGGAAAUCUCACGGCAAUUAAUAUUAAUAUUUAGACAGGAACGGUGUAAUUCAUAAUAUUUAUAAUUAUAAGUAUUACGAAGGUGUCUUUUUAAAAUUAAUGUGUAGUAUUGAAUAGCUACAAGCAUUUAAUGGCGCGGCCUAGAACGAAUGUUGAUUUAUGAAAUUUGGUCGUUCCUUUGUUAAGAUAAUUUGAUGAUUUAAUUAUUAUUAUUUAACAAUAUUGUUACUAAGUAUGUCCUCGCUGCUGGCCACUAAUCGUAUAUUAUACAGCCAGUUAACAACGGCUUAAAAUGUAGUUAGUUAUUUUAUCACAUUGAUUGUACGCGCCCUUAACGUAGACUUCCGUGUGCCGCGGCUAUGUUGCCAACGCCGUAUACUGAAAAUGUGACGUAUGCGUGUUUGUUGCGGUGCUGCAUAAGCUCUAAAGUUUAAAGCAUAAUAUCGGUACAUGAUAUAAGAAAUUAAAUAUCACGUCUCUCAAACGGUGAAGAUAAAACAUCGCGAGAAAACCUGAUGCAUAAUUGAGAAUUUUCUUAAUUAUCUACGUGUGUGAAGUCUACCAAUCUAUUAGCCUAACCCCUCUCAUUCUGAGAGGAGACUGCUCAACAAGUGAGCCCAAUAUGGGUUGUAAAUGCAUGAUGAUGUAUCAGUACAUAAAUAAGUGAAUAUGCACGUAAAUUUAUGGAAUAUAUACUAUAUCUACGGAAACUUUAAAAGUUGGUUUCUAUGACAUGGUUGUUUGUUACGUCGUAAAAAUAAUGAAGGUUUGAUAUCAAUGUUGAAUGUUCAAGUCUGCACCCGAAUAUCGCUAUGCGACAUUGAUCCUGAUUAUUAUUCUUUUCAAUGAGUAUUGUUGUCGCCCCCUUAAUGGGACCUCAUCAUAAUCGCAGGGUAGGGUUGCGUAAGCGCAGAUGCUUUCAGAGGUUUCUAGUCUGAGGGUUAAUUAAGGAGGAGAUUAAAGAGUGACUUAGAGGGUGUGAGAUUUGGACCUCGGCUGCGGAAGUCAAUGUUAAAGGCUGUGGCUACAUCGCACACGAGUUCUUGCGUCCUUAAAUAGAGCGUUCACUCCACUCACUGCCAUUUUAAAUGUUUGCAACUUCCUAACAACAAAAUUACUUAGACUGCUGUGUUGCGGGUUUGUUUAUAUAUUGGGUUCAGUGUAAGGUUUAUCCAUAUCUAUUUUUUUCGCUCGACUGGAUUGCGUGUCCGAUCGUGCUGUGUAUAAAGCCGGAUUUAUAUUUGUCUGACGUGUCGCGUUGCGAGUUUGUGACGCAUCAGAACAGAAUCGGUUUCAUACAUUUUGUAUGCGACGCAUAAGAAACCAUCACGACAUGUCACAAAACAGAAGUGUAAACGUUGCCAUAUAAACUGUAUGAUACCGAUUCUGUUCUGAUGCGUCACAACACGACACGUCAAACAAAUAUAAAUCCGGUACACUUUGUGACAUGUCGUGAUGGCUUCUGAUGUGUCGCAUACAAAAUAUAUGAUACCCGAUUUUGUUCUGAUGCGUCACGACACGACACGUCAGACAAGAUAAUUAUGCCUUUAGAUUUUGUCACCUGAACGUAACCUACAAGAGCAACAUAAUUUCUGAAAUAGUCGUAGCUAAAAAAACAUUUCCAAGCCGAGCUUAGGGUAAAUUGUACUAUGACAUUGUUGCAUUUUACUGUUACUUUAAACGGUUAUCUGGUAAAUAUAGCUGCUCAAGCCGGUUUUUUGUACGGAAAUAUUGUCCGCUGUAUGUUCGCUUAGAUCUUUUAAAACUAUUCAACGGUUUUCAGUACAGUUUUUAGCAAUACAUACAUACAUACAAGUGAUUCAAGAUGAAAGUUUAGAUAUACGUAUAAUAGGUAUAAGUACAUAUUGUAAUACAGAAGAUAUAUCAGAUAUUUGGAAAGUGAUACACAGCGGCUGGGCCGUACUAUUCGUUCCGGUUUCAUUUGUUUUUAUGUUUGAUUCAUUUGUUGCCAGUGACGUAUUGUGGAUACCGGUUUACUGAACUUUUUGACUUUGCACAAACCAAUGCAACACAGCAUCUCUCUAUUACGUUUCUUCUGUAAUAUAAGUACAUUAUUUACCUAUUGAUGACAAUAAUUUUAUAUUGAUACAACGACUAACGAGCUAACGAUGGAAAAUAAAAUGACAUAUAAUGAAAAAUUCAAAAUAUUCGUUAACGUUUGUUGCAGAUAUAGGUAUGGAAGUAAUACCUACGUUGAAUAAAUUGUAAGGUCAUCAAUUUUGUGAUUAAGCUUCAGUAUUCGGAAGAAUAAUUUUACUGGGAUUAUUUAUUAAUAUUAUUAAAGGCUAAUUUUCACGAGGGAGUUUUAUAGACAAGGGAAAUGCAUUAUAGGAUAGGUACAUAUUCACUUACCCUCAGAUGUGAUUGCAUUCAUGCUCUAGUUUAUAAAUGGGAUCAAUUGUUUUAUCUAGAUCUUUUCAUGAAAAUUUGCAAAUACUCCUUGUGUUAAUUUGCUAUAUUAGGUGUACCUAUCCUCACCUAAUUUUUAUCUUGAUGCUUAUUUCAAUUAAAACUGACACUUAGGUAUACCUUUCUUGUUAACUGACAAAUUAACAGCUAAAGACGCAAGAUAAAUUGCAGACAUACUUCAUACGCCCCCGAUAUGAUAUAUUUUAUGUUAAUGCUGAUUCUGCCAUAGUUUUGAUACGUUAAAACUGGGUUUCACUAAUAGCUUGGAGUUAUAUUUAUUAUAUUGUAAUACUGUAAGGGCUUCUUUGUGUGCGGCAGUGGGUAUGUUAUAGACUGUAUAAAUUCAUAUGUGAAUAAGGGUUAUAGAAGAGAAAAUAUUGUAAUCCACUUGAUAUAUAUCAAGUUUGGUUUCCAGUGCACUACUCCCACUGUGUCGUUGGUAGUAAUGUGUGUUGGCGUGUUAUGGAUGUUUGCCGCGCUCUCAAAGUGAGUUGUUCUUGUUAUGUUGGAAGACUUGUGGGAGUAGUGCUGCUGAGCUUAUUGAUUCAAUUCAAUUAUGCAAAUUUUCACUUAAACAAGUUAUUUUUUUCAUGUUAAUAAAAGAAAAUAUAUGCAUUAAUAUUA